UGAGCUGGGUGGAUGGAACAUAGUCGGACACAGUUGAGUAGGUUCAAAACGGAGAAAUGUUGAACAAAAACGGAGAAUUACUCAACAAAAAAAGUAGAAGUAGUUUGAUUAACAAUUUCCUUGUCCCGGGAGGGAGAUACAUCAUACUAAUUAUAAAUUUGGGAAAAGACCUAAAAUCUGUAAUGCCUGACCCCUUUUUAGAUGACAUACUCGAAUGACAAACUUAAAUCUAUUUCCCCUGAAGUGUAAUCAUUCUUCUGUCACAGCUGCGCUUUGUUUCACUUUUGGGGAAUCAAUCAGCGCAUCAGAUGGAUCUUGGGCUCUCUUCGUCUCUAGCUCCAGCCUAAUUGGGAACCGCGCGAGGAGCCCGUGUAACACCGUGGCAGCCUGCCAGCACCACCUAUAUUCAUGCACACAUCACUUUUAAUGCGUGAAAGCUCGGGUAAACUGGAUGGGUAGGUUGUACUCAACAUCACCUGACUGUCGAUCUGCCCUGCGGCAGUUUUCGGGUUUCUUGCACUAGUUGGCAAUCCCGACAUGCCCUGGCAGCUCAGGUUUGAACAAUCGUUCAGGGACCACCACAGUUUUUGUUCGAAUAGUCUCUAUUUGAAACUUUUUGAAGACUGUUUACUAGACAUUCCGUCUCUCAGUAAGAAUUUUGGGUGCCAUAAUUAUGGCUAGUUACUAGAAUGACUCAUUAUCACGAAUACAACAUGGCUGGUGGCUUCUGUUGUGGCAGUAGAAGGCUACAGCUUUUGUGACAUCGACGACUACAAGAGUACUGUGGACAGGAAUCAUGUACCCGACAACAGGCACUGAUACGAGUGCCACCAGACUGUCCAUCGCUCAGAGACUGGACCCGGAGCUGGUUAAGAACCUCUUUGCUGCUGCUCUGUGUCUAGGAGGCUUCAUCGUGACGACAAUAGGAUUUACCACCGAGUCUGUCACCCCGGCGAUGUAUAUCGGUCCGCUCAUGCUGGCCGCAUGUUUCGUGGUGUGUCUGGUGAGGUGUGUGCAGUGGCACAGCGACACACCGAUCUCAGGCGGGACUACACAGAACGUGGGCCGGACGGUGACUGCAGUACCGGCCGGGCAGGUGGUUACAGCGCGCCCUGCUCCAGCUGUGAGUACGUCGCAGCGGCCUAACAUGGCGGCACCUGCACCCGCCCAGACCUGGUCCUACCCUUCAUACUCAAGAUUUUCCCUGAUGACUCGACCUACAGAACAGGUGCCGUACCCUCCCGCGGUUGUCCUACCAUCGCCGACGUCACCGUCCGCCCCAUCACAUGUACACACCGUCCUCCCACCGUACACCCCUGCCGCAUGGACCGGCGACGAGCCACCCCCGUCUUACGACGAAGCAACAAAACAAUACAGUGAGAAAUGAAAGAGAAAUCUGUGUAUACAUGUAGCAUAAAAUAUGAAUUCGAGGGGAUUCAUUCCUCAGAUAACCGACAUCUUGCACACGUAGCAUUAAAUACUUUUGGACGACGAUUUGAGUUUUUUUAAGAACAUUUCAGGGACAUAACUUUUCACCAAAGAAUGACACCAGAGGCGCAGACGAAAUAAAGUCGAAAUCUUUCAGGGCAUGCGGAAUGCCAAAUGUUUAUAUUAUCAUCCACUUUAGUGCCGGGCUUUGAAUAUCAAUACUUACCAACUUGUGGAGGUACAUGUAUCCGCAAUCUUUUGAGUGACUCGUGCCAAUGGUACAUAAUAUUUACUGGUUAUCAGUGUACAUGAAUUAUGGCCAGUGUGCCAUGUUGAUUGUGAUAGUUUAAGAUAAAUGUAAAUAUAACAGAUACUAUGCACCUAACACGAUCAUUAUACCUCACAGCUAAAACAUAACCUUCUCGGUGAAGGUAAUAACAGGAGAGAGAAUGCAAAAUAUUACUGAUUAUAAUAACUAAUUGUGAGUGGAGUGAGACAUAAAUUAGAAAGUAAGGAAGUAUUCACCAAUUAAGAAGAAGCUGGUUUAGGUCACAGUUCAUUGGUACUCACAAUAUAACGUGUGUAACCAUUGAGCUGUUUUCAGUAUUAAUAAUUACCAUUAACAUUGUUUAUAAUAUCUUUGUUUCUAAGUUCUCUAAACGUUCAGCUUGAGAAAUGCAGUAUAAUAUCUGGUACCAGAAUAUAAGUGAAUACUAGUACUAUU